ACGAAUUGCUGUCCGAAAAAUGAGAGACAUUGAAGCGCCGGGUACGAUCAACCCAUCCAGGAGUUCAGAUUUCGAUAAAAUCUAGAAUAUUGAAAUGGUUUAGUAAUUGAAGAGUCCCAAUAUUCUAGUCCGGAGGAUUGAACAGCCGGUAUCUAAAAUUGAAAUCAAUGGUUCCAACCAACAUCAUUACCUGAGAAACUGCUGCAGGUUUUCGAAUACCUCCUUCCCGAGAUUUCCGAGAAAUAUGCUCGCACCGUUAGAUUGAGGAUACUUGAUUCUUCUGAAGUUGAACGAUGAAGUCAAAAGCUCUAGACAUCUUUUUACUGGGAAGUGAAUCCUACAGUCAUUAUAUCAAUCAUGGAAGAUAUGGAGUCAAAAAUUCAUCUAUUGCAAGCCAAUCAGGAUACAGAAGAAAACACCACAUCUAGCUUUCUGAUGGGAAAACAAGUAGUCAGUACGAUUGAACCACAAAUUGGUUCCAUGACAAAGUUUCUGGUGUUCAUCAUCUUGUGUCUACUAUCAAGCAACACGUUCCUUCUACUUCAUCAUACAAAGCUUGAGGACACAAAAUCUUCAGAAAAUGACUUAGCUGUCUCUAGAUACGCACGUCUUAAAUACGACACUCCUCUCAUAUACUACAAUCACACAGAUUAUAUGAGCAAAAAUGACACCCUCCAAGAUGAGAUGUGGGACGGUAUUGAUACAAGCCCACUGGUCGUGGCGCUUGACGACGAAUGGGCAACUGAGCACCAACUGCCGCUUUCAGUAUUUCGGUUUCCAUGGGAUCCUGAAGCAAAAGGAAUCUACUUUUUGAAAGCUUUCCAUGGGUUACAUUGCCUGAAAGUACUGCGCAGAGCUUUCAUCGAUUAUGAGCGGGGUGGUGAGGUUGGAAGUUCUGCCGGUCAUGUCCACCACUGUCUGGACGCACUCCGUCAAGAUAUGAUGUGCAAUGCCGACGAUACCCCAAUGCCUAUGAACGAUUUCCCGAACAAAAUUGGGCACGAACAAGUUCGCAUGUGUAGAAACUUUAAUCAACUGAUCCAAUGGACAAAAGAACCAGAGAGACACGCCUGUUACCACCGAUGGAGUGAUUAUAAAGGGAGAGUGAAAAACAGAAUGGAGAUGUUUGCGUUUUGUGAAGAAGAAUCGCAGUACUACGGAAAGAUGCAACAAUACUUUGAAAAGUUUGGCCAUAAACCCCCCUUUGGGGAUGGCGACAAGGACUUUCCUACUUGGGACUCGCGUUAAUUCAACACUGUAGUGAGUGAACCAUUUGGGAGAGAAAUAUCGCUGUCAAGUCUAUCAUAUCAGCAAGCUUCAAAUCCAGUAUUUGUUCUAUAAAUGACAAUCCAAAAUUAUCUUAACCGAUA